AUAUAUAUUUAUUGGCAGCUUGCACGUAAAUAUUGUAAAUUUUGUCCCAAGCAAUGGACGCUCUCAAGGAAGCGUCCUUAGACAACGACGAGGUCCGUGAAAUAUUGAAGAACACAACAGAUUUACGACAAUAUUCACGGCAAAUAGAAAAGGAAUUCAAAGAUGUGGAAAACAAAUCGAUUGAGGAUUACAUCGCCGAAUCUCAGAACAUUGCCAAUCUGCAUAAUCAAAUCAACGACUGUGACGAAGUGUUGGAACGGAUGGAGAACAUGCUAAUGAGCUUUCAAAGCGUACUUAACAACAUAAGCACGGAAAUAACACAACUGCAACGUAAGUCGGUUUCCAUGUCGCUGCAGCUAACCAAUCGACAGUCGGUGAAGGCACAGCUUUCACAGUUUAUAGAAGACAUGUCGGUGUCUGAAGAAAUGAUCAACAUUAUUAUGGAUACGCCCGUAACAGAACGUGAUUUUAGCAAUCAGUUGAAUGUUUUAAAUCACAAACUUUCCCUGGUAAAGGAGCUUAGCUUUAAGGAGUCCAAGUCAACAAAUGAUGUGAGCGAAGUGCUGCAAAAUCUACGUCUCAAGUCCAUGUCCAAAAUACGCAAUUAUUUGCUUGAGCAGAUCUAUAAAUUUCGUAAGCCCAUGACAAAUUAUCAAAUUCCACAAAAUGCUAUGCUUAAGCACAAGUUCUUCUUUGAGUUUAUUCUCUCCAACGAGCGACAAGUUGCACAAGAGAUCUGUAGCGAAUAUAUAGACACCAUGAGCAAAAUAUACUACAGCUACUUUAAAAGUUACUCCACACGCCUGACUAGUCUUAAAUUUGAAGAAUCAUGCAGCAAGGAUGAUCUAAUGGGCAUAGAGGAUAAUGCGUCCAAGGGCUUAUUUGCCAAAACAACUAGUUUGAAGCACAAGAGUACCAUCUUUACCAUUGGUAAGCGCGGAGACAUUCUUAACCAGCAGCUGGAAGCCCCUAUAAUAGUGCCACAUGCGCAGCUAAAGAAUCGCUAUACAGUUGAAGCUUUAUUUCGUUCUGAGCAAUAUGCGCUGGUUGAUAAUGCCUGCCGUGAGUAUUUAUUCGUCACCGAAUUCUUUAUGGUACGUGGCGCUCAAGCACAGGAUUUGUUCAAUCAAAUUAUGGGCAAAACAUUGACCUUAAUGAUUAAAAAUUUGGAGACGUCUAUACAUGAUUGCUAUGAUACGAUUGCCAUGUUCCUUUGUAUACACUUGAUUUUUCGCUAUCAGUUAAUGUGCCACAAGCGCUGUGUGCCAGCUUUGGACAAAUACUGGGAUUCGCUGCAGUCAGUUAUUUGGCCACGCUUCGAGCAUGUUUUCCGCAUUAAUAUACAAAGCAUACACGACUGUGAUCCCACCAAGUUUAACAAGGAAAUGGGACCACACUAUAUAACACGUCGCUACGCAGAAUUUAGUGCUGCCAUUGUGGGCAUCUCGGAGCAUUUCCCCAACGAGUUGGUUAGUCGUUUACUCCUCGAAUUGCAAAACGAAGUCGAAUGUUUCAUCUUACGAAUGGCUGCAAUAUUUAGCACUCGCAAGGAUCAGUUGAUCUAUCUUAUUAACAAUUAUGAUCUUGUGUUGGGUGUGCUUAUGGAGCAUACACGCGAUAAUUCCAAGGAAGCCGAGGCGUUUCGUGAACAACUCAAUGCGCGUAGCGCUGAAUAUGUAGAGGAAAUUCUCUCACCACACUUUGGCGGCAUUAUACAAUUUGUCAAAGAGUGCGAGCCAUACUUUGAAAAGAACCAGUCAGAGGAGUUGCGCAAACAAGAGCGUCGUAGUCUGGGCUUGGUUGCCAGUUUUUCAGCUAACUGGAAGAAAUCCCUGGAGGAGCUCAACCGAGAAGUGCUUUUAUCGUUCCCAUCAUUGCUAACAGGCUCGCAGCUGCUACAACUAGCUCUAGCAAGCCUUGUUCAAUAUUAUCAUCGUUUUCACAAGCUACUGACGCCAAAUGCGCGUGCCCAGCUCACAAAUAUACAUGUAUUAAUGGUUGAAAUCAAAAAGUAUAAGAGCAACUAUUAAGGCAACAUUUCGUUUAGUUUUCAAUAGUGUUUUUGUAUGUGUAUUAUGUGUGCUAAGUGCAACAUUC